GAGAUGGAUAAACUGACCAUCAUCUCAGGAUGUCUCUUUCUGGCCGCCGAUAUCUUCGCCAUCGCCAGCAUCGCCAACCCCGACUGGAUCAACACCGGGGAGUCGGCGGGAGCGCUCACUGUGGGGCUAGUGCGACAGUGUCAAACAAUCCAUGGACGAGACCGAACGUGCAUCCCUCCCCGGCUACCCCCAGAGUGGGUCACCACCCUGUUUUUUAUCAUCAUGGGAAUCAUUUCAUUGACUGUCACUUGUGGUUUGCUGGUGGCUUCCCACUGGCGAAGAGAAGCUACAAAAUAUGCUCGAUGGAUAGCAUUCACUGGAAUGAUCCUUUUCUGUAUGGCUGCCCUAAUAUUUCCAAUAGGAUUUUACAUCAAUGAAGUCGGAGGUCAACCUUAUAAAUUACCCAACAACACAGUAGUUGGGUCUUCAUAUGUACUUUUUGUCUUAUCAAUUUUCUUUACAAUAGUAGGACUUCUAUUUGCUGGCAAAGUUUGUUUACCAGGCUGAUGAAUGUCUAAACUGCUUGACUCUAUUAUUUUAUUUUUAUUUUUAUUUUUUUAUUUUUAGAGGGUGGGAGGACAAAAGACAAGGCAUCUGAGCAGUCCUCUCAUAGGAAAAUGCUUAGAUGAAACUGAUACUGAAAAGGAAAAAAAUGCUUUGAUUUGUUCUCACUAUGCACUUUGGAUUUAAAAAAAAAAAAAAAAAAUUGAGAGCCUUUCCAUAACCAAAUACAGACAAUAUUGACUAAAUCUCCUGAGCAUAUUCAGGCAGUCAGUCUGCACUGUGAUAGCAACCUAGUGAAGGAGAAUGCUUUAUACUGAAAAGCAUGUGGCCCUUUGUGACUCUGUUGUUCCGUUUUUAACGUCUAAUGAUUCAUUUGAGAAAAAAAGUCUAAGUAUUUAUGAAUCAUGGUGGACCAGAGGGAUGCAAAGAAGUUCAUGUGGGGCUGGCCUCACCUCCUAAGAAAUUAGUGUUCGCAACUUCCUUGUAAUGGGAUGAGCCUUUGGCACCAGAAUGGAUUACCGUUGCAUUACUGCACCAAGAAGCCAAUAGAUCAAAAUGUGUUUGCUAAAAUGUAUGUAAAAAUUCUAAAAUUCCCUAAUCUCUGUGUACAAAAAGAAAAGGAAAACAAACACUGAGA